AUGGAUUUGUGCAGCUACCCAGGCGAGGAUGAGGACAUCCUCCGAGGGUCUCCUGCCCUCGGAUGGGAAGACUCCGACGUCUUGGUCAGUAGCCAAAGCGGCAUGGAGCUGAGCCAAGGGGACUUCCAAGACGAGUCAGCCGAUUCCCUCGCUGAUGAAAGCGGGCCUCUCCUGAGAUGCCUCAAGAGAAUCUACCGGAAAGUGAAGAAGGAACGGACGAGGCGCCGGAGAACCAUGACUGCAGUCCCUGAUCUCUCUGCGAUGGCAACCAUCUGGGAGGAAAAUGAGCAUCCUGGCUCUGCUCAGGAACCUGAGCUCUUGCUGGCAUCCUGGAGAAGCACCAUGGAUUAUUUCAGCAGCAAAAAAGAGGAUGUUGUGAUGAAGAAAAGCUUUCUGAGGUUCUUGUCUAUACUCAGCAAGACGAUCAACUGGAGUAACAUGACCGAAUUCUUCAUGGACAACUUUACCUCAGACGUUGUAGGAGCCAUAACGGAGAUGGUCAAGAAAGAGCUUCCAGAGCCCAACAUUGUCUGUCUCCAGGCCAUGAGCACCAUCAUUGACUUGAGCAAGAAGCACAUAACGAAAGCCAUGGGCUCCUACAAGAAGGGGAUCUUACUCCGGACUUUCUUCAAGAGCGUCUUUUCCUUGUCUCCCAUCAAAGCCGGACAAGAGGACGGAGCGGACGCCUCCAAUCUUCAGUACGCAAAGAGCCUCUUUAUUGGAACCUACCAGACGUUCAGCGAGAUGCUCCAGCAGCUGAUGGUGGAAAACCCAGUGCCUUCGGAGCUGGAGAGGAUCUUGCAGCUCAUGACGCCUUGGCUGCAGUCCCCCGAGGUGGACCUUCGGGAAAGGGCCAUUUGGAGCAGUGCUUCGUUGCUCAACUUUGUGGCCAGCAAGUUGCAGCUGGAUACAAUGCUGAAAUUUUCCCGGCUUGGCCAUCUGGUAGCAGUGCUGGGGAUCUGCUGUGGGGAUCCUGUCAAGUCCAUCAGCUCCAAGGCUGCCAAGAGCGUCCAUCUCCUCCUCGCCGUUGUAUUGGGACAAAAGAUUGCAAGGUUGGAUGAAAAGCAUGUCCACACGGAAACCAUCAAGCGGAAGCACAAAGAGUUCCUGGAGUCUUGGAAUCCGCUGGUGUUUCUCAAAAACCCUUCCAGAGUUGCAGAGGUUUUUGGUGUCUACUUCAACUCAAGAGAGAAGACGGAUUUCAUUCUGACAGCCCUGGAUGGCCUGACGGAGCACUGCAGCCAUUCCUGCUGCACAACCACGGAAGGACUCCUCGCCAGCAUAGCCAGGAACUGUGGGGCCGAAGUGGAGAAGGUGUCUGACAUUGUGGAUGGGAUCUGCAGCCGCCUGGACCUGAUCCGUCGGCCCAGCGCCAGGAGGCUGGUGAUAAAGCUGGUGGGCUUGCUGGCCGGCAGAAGCGGACACCUGGACACUGUCAUCUCCAGCCUCUUGCAGCACUCCUUCCCAGCAGACAGCCAUUCAUCUGAAUUGUGGAAGUCUCUUUCUACAGAGGAAGUUGUUGAAGAACAACUGAUGGAGAACUUGCUGGGAAGGCUGAAAAACCACCACGAAACUGAGCCCCAAACUUCAUCCAUGUCUAUUGCUAUCACGCAGGCGCUCUCCGAGGUCAUCUCCGUCCCAGAGUCCCUAGAGGUCAUCCAGAGGCUCUUCCCGGAGCUGCUGGCCGCUUUCCUCACUGAACUCUAUUUCAGCAACCAAGCCCAGGUUUUGCCGGACUUGAACACCCUCCGGAGGCAAAGUGGACGGGAGGAAGGCUUGGCAAGCUUUGCAGUGGAUGCUAUUAAGCUGCUCCUGAUCCGCAUCGGCUGCCGCUACGAAGUCACCUUCAUGGAGAGGAUGCGAGGCUGGGCAAUGCUCCAGAGCACCAAGGAGGUACUCCAGGGCGCCACUCUACUGGCCAGAGCCAUGCUGCACUUUGCGUGCCCUGAGACCAUGAGGAUCCUGGACUUGCUGUUCACUGUCCUCACCAAAGGGAGUGAGAAGCUCAAGCCAACAACCAUUGCCUUCUUCGUAGAGGUAAGAAAAUGA